AUGGCGAUUCGAAUAACUUUCACUUACUCCACCUAUGUUGCAACCUCUCCUCCUCCGCCUCCGCCAAACUCCGGCGGGGAUCUCCGAUCCUGCUUCCUUACUCCAAACCACUUGCAUGCCACUAAUCCAUUGAUGACUGGAGAUAGCUGCAGCUUAGUGUCUAAGGAAAUGUGUCUCCCUUUGUGUGAUAUGACUAAUGUUCCAAGCAAGAGAGGAAUCUCCUCGAUUCUAGGUGAUUUUCUUUUGAAAUCUGGGGAUGAUGCUGGUAAAAGCGUUGCUCGUGAAGGCUCAGGGGUUAAGUUUUCCAAGAGGUUGUGUUUAGUUGUUGACGACUUGGUCAAGGAGAGUACUAGGACUUGUAGUGAUACAAAAAAUGGUUCUUCUGAUGGUGAUAAGUUUAGUUUUGAUGCUGAUUCUGAGAAUUUCGAUGUGAAAGAGUCUCAGGGUGAGACCAAUGCAGUAGAUACUUCUGUGGUGGAACUUAGUCAGAGAGUGUGUGAGAAGGACUCGAAUGUUGCUGACUUUUCGAGUCAAACUGAUGCUGUUUCUGGUGAAGACUUGACCAUGACUGUGUUGAGUAGCAGCAAUUGUGUAAGUGAUGACAGGUUGCCUAGUUCUGAGAUUAUCAAGCCGUUUAAUAUGAGCAGAUGUUCGGCUGUUGACAAUAUGGGGAUGGUAAACCACGGUAUGGAUGGUGAUGAUGAGCUUAAGUCAUGCUCUUGUUCCUUUUGCCUGAAAGCUGCAUAUAUAUGGUCAGAUCUUCACUACCAGGAUAUCAAAGGUCGAUUAUCAGUGUUGAAGAAGAGCCAGAAAGAAGCUAGUAUCUUGAUCCGAAGGAAUGGUAAAGCAAGGCCAAUGGAUGUUUAUGUUAAGUGA